AUGAACAAUCUCAUGACGAGCGCCCGCUCCCUUUCGACACACCCACGUACCCUCCUCCUUACCUUCGACGCGUUCGGCACACUUUUUUACCCUCGUCCACCCGUCCCUCAGCAAUAUGCGGCUGUCGCGCACGAAUUCGGCUUCUCUCGCACCGUCGUAACCUCUCAGGCAAUUCAACAAGCUUUCCGAGAUGUAUAUCGCUUACACUCACUACGUUGGCCUAACUAUGGUCGCGCCGAUGUGCUCAGCGGGAAAUAUGGUGGCCCCCGACAGUGGUGGGGGGAGGUAAUACGGGAGUGCUUUGUGCGGGUUUUGGCUUCUCAGGGUAGCAACUUGGCCGCGCAUGGGUCACAGUCCCGUGGCUUCGAGCUUCCGUCGGAGAUGGUUGAUACUUUGCUCGAUCGCUUUGCCAGCGAUGAGGGCUACGCACUCUUUGAUGAUGUCAUUCCCUUCUUCGAGCGCAUGCGCGAGCUUCGAGGCACCUCAUUCCGAGACUUUGACCGGGUUUUGCUCGGUGUGAUAUCGAAUUCUGACGACAGAGUCCCUGCUGUUCUCAAAGCUUUAGGGGUACGAGUGGGUGAUAUGCGUGCCGAUCAGGAUUUAUCCAGCAUGGACUUACCUGGCUUCGAGCAACGAAACGUGACCAAGGAGCCACGUCCAUUUGACCAGUCCGAAAAGGAUCUAGAUUUAAUCAUAACCAGCUAUGAGGCUGGCGAAGGCAAGCCGAACCGACUUAUUUUCGAUGUCGCAGAACGACAGGCUCGAUUAUUGCCGAACAAACAUGGGCUUUCGCUGGGCUCUACUCCUACUUCUGACCAGACAGAUGACUGGGUUUGUGUUCACGUCGGAGAUGAAUAUGAGAAAGACUACUGCGCUGCGAUUGCUGCUGGGUGGAAGAGCUAUUUGAUUCCUCGCGCAGACGGGGAACUUCCUGCGAAAACCAUUCGCUCGUUAUUGGAUUUGAUCGACGAGCUAAGGAUCUAG